AUGGCUACUUCCACAACAAUACCAUCCAAUAACGCUUUGUCUCCACAUCUCCUGCAAGCUCCCUUACGUAGUAACCUCACCUCUGUCUUUCCUGCCUCUGCUCCUUCUCACUGCUCGCAAAAUUAUCUUCAUGAAAUACCUCUCCGGGAGGGCCUCAGGCUGCCUACGGCUAAAGAGGGAACGAGUGGUGUCAAUAGAGCAGUAAACGCGCUUCAUGAGUCAGCAGACUUUAGGCUAGUCGAGCAGGCCGUUGCAAGGAUAGUUGCUGUUGCUCCUGCUCCUUUAUCCGUCCCGAAUCAUGUAGCAACUACUUUUAAUGUUUCUGCUGGUGAAAUGCAAGAGCCAGGCAGACCACAAGAAGGAGCCACAAUGACAACCACAGCCGAAGCUUCGUAUGCAUCUGGCGACAGCUGUAGCGCUCAAACAGAGGAUAUUAGCACUACCACCAUGAUACCUACUGCACCUACAAUUUCUACAGGCCAUGAACUUAACCACGACUUUCAACUUGACAGGCUUGGCUCUUCAGAGUCGCCUAUCCCAUCGAGCCAUGAAACGCAAAAGACUGCAGUCACUCUGCCUUAUCUUCCAAUCGCCGCUUCCAACAUGGCUUAUAAAUUUCGACGAGGCAAUAUCUCUACCAUUGGUAUUCACCCCGUCUUUGCCCUCUUUGCCAUUGAUAUCGUCGGCACCAUCGUCACCAACGUCAUCACCGUUGACUAA